AUGGAAUUUCAGUUAAUCUUCGCUGGAGAAUACACAAAAGCCAUGAAUAAAGACUGGCACAGUGACCAUUUCUGUUGUUGGCAAUGCGAUCAAACUCUGACUGGACAGAGGUAUAUCAUGAGAGAUGAGCAGCCAUACUGUAUCAAAUGUUAUGAGGAUGUGUUUGCAAAUCAAUGUGAUGAAUGUGCUAAACCAAUCGGAAUUGAUUCGAAGGACCUUUCCUACAAAGACAAGCAUUGGCACGAGCAUUGUUUCCUCUGCAGUAUGUGUAAAAUCUCACUUGUCGACAUGCCAUUUGGCAGCAAAAAUGAUCGGAUUUUCUGUUCCAACUGUUACGACCAGGCAUUCGCGACACGAUGUGAUGGAUGCAACGAGAUCUUCCGAGCAGGAAUGAAAAAGAUGGAAUACAAAGGAAAACAAUGGCAUGACAAAUGUUUCUGCUGUGCUCAUUGUAAAGUGGCAAUCGGAACAAAAUCAUUUAUUCCCAAAAACGAUGACGUCUUCUGUGGUCCGUGUUACGAGGAGAAGUUCGCAACGAGAUGUUCGAAAUGUAAAAAAGUGAUAACAGCUGGCGGAGUGACAUAUAAGAAUGAGCCAUGGCAUCGGGAAUGUUUCUGUUGCACGAACUGUAAUUCAUCGCUGGCCGGACAGAGAUUUACAAGCAAAGAUGAAAAACCGUAUUGUGCGAAUUGUUAUGGAGAUUUAUUCGCGAAGAGAUGUAAUGCAUGCACCAAACCAAUCACAGGAAUCGGUGGCGCCAAAUUCAUCUCAUUCGAAGACCGACAUUGGCACAAUGACUGUUUCAUUUGUGCUCAAUGUACAACAUCUCUGGUAGGCAAAGGAUUCAUUACCGAUGGUCAUGAGAUUCUGUGUCCUGAAUGUGCGAAGCCACUAGCAGUAUGGUAUAAAGAAGGAUCAUGUGGAUGCUCUGUGUGUCUGAAUAUUCUUCUCUACUUCUGUUUCGUUUUCCCAUCUUACAUUCAUGCUGUUUAUGUCUGCUAUCUGAGAGAUCGUCGUUGA